CAUCGUUACUGUAAUUGAUCGGUGUAGGGGGAGUCGUGGGUACAGGAGAUCAGUUCGAGUGUACGAAGUACGUACAGUUGCAUCAUGGGGUUGUGAAUCGCAGUUAUAGUUGUUGGAAAGAAGGUAUAAAUAUACCUGUAGAGACUCUUCAUAUCCUCAUUAUACAAAACUACAACGUCUACUUGACAUACAAGUUCUUCCAGCUCUUCUUUCACAAACCCUCUGCAACAAUGCGUUUCACCCUCUUCGCCGCUCUUGCCCUUGUUGGCACUGCUCUUGCUACUCCUCAGGCUAAGAUUGGCACCGGUCAACCCUGCAAGGCAGAUGGAAGCAUGGGAGUCUGCGACAGCGGUCUUUGCGUGCAAACCCCCGACCAGACCCAGGGUGUGUGCAAGUGAGCACCCCUCCCAGAUAAAGGAGAAACGGAGGAGAGUGUAUCCAGCGCACGUUAUCUCCAGAUAUCCCUCGGACAAUGCCCUAUUCAGUGUAUUUAGAUUUCAUGGUCAUUAGUAGUGGUUGAUUUGACCGUGCCAUUCCUUUGAAUUAAGAACCAGAUCUUGUUUGCUUAUCACCUCUC